AUGAAGUUCCCCAUCAAGUCAAGACAUCUUUUUGCCUCGAGCUUUCUCCCCCAUAAGCCAUUUCUAACUUUUUUAUACCCCCGCUUUCAAAAUCUAAUCAUAUCUGCACGGCACUUUCAGUCCACUCGUUCAGCAUCUUCCAUUAUACCUGAGGAGCCGAACACGGCUUUACUCGCAUUGAGCGAUGUUCAAAAACAAACAGAACUCUCUCAAUCUCCCCAACAAAAAGUAAUCGUCCUAUGGGACCUGGACAACAUACCACCGUUUGAUUCAAUCAAUCCGUACGACGCAGCGCAAAAUCUUCGUUCAUUUGCCUCCCGCUUCGGCAAUGUCAUCAGUAUCGCCGCCUUCGCCAACCGAAGUGGAAUGUCUUUUGUCCCUUCUUCGGUCAUAGAAUCACGCAAAGAACUCGAAGAGUAUUACAUGCUGGAGCAUAAAUUGCACAAAAAGUACAAGAUCAAACCUGAUGAACCUUACGUAUGUGGUAUUUGUGGCAACAAAAGGAAAUCCCAAGUGGAAUUGGUGAAACAUUUCAAGAUCCAUGAAAAGGAAAGAGGAAAGAAAUUAACUGCAGCGGCGCAGCUGAAGGGUAAAAAAAGGGCUCGGUUUGUGGCGAGAGAAUUAUCUACGGAGAAGAACACUAAGUAUCAUGAGGCGGCUGUGGGAAUUACCAGGCCUGCUGAUCGGUAUAGACUUGAUACUGAGCUUCGGCGUGCGGGAGUCGAGGUGAAUCUCGUUCAAUCGAGUUCGCAGGCUGCGGACAAAGCAAUCAUAGCAUAUUCAAGUAAGAUGCGGAGGGCAACUGUGUACGAUUGGUUGAUACUGAUAUCGGAUGAUACUGGUUUUUGGGAUUUGGUGAAACGCCUUUCUCGGAAGGGCGUAGGAACGAUUGUGGUGGGGGAUCGGAUGCGAAAGUCUGGGGGACAACCGAGUAAGAAACUAGCGAGGGCUGCGUGUGCGUGGGUGCCGUGGAGUUUGGUUGAGACAGGUUGUAUAGACAAGGAUACCAUUAAGGAAGCAUUUGCAAAUACGGUACUGACAGAGACGAAAAAGGAGAAAAUAAGGCAGAUAAAGGAAAUUUAUGGUAUAAGUGAGCAGGAUGGAAUUGUGGAGUCAUAUUCGAGACACUCUUUUAAUGAGAUUGAUGAUUCAGAUAUAUCGGACCAAGACAUCUCGAACCAGCACGCAUCAAACCUUUCCGGGACGUACAUCCCAAACCCAGACUCGGAUCUAGACCUAGAUCGCCUUUUAUCACCAGGUUCGCCGCUAGAUGCCUCUUUUGUCGAAGGAACUUUUGAUGCCCUCACCUCUGCCGAUUAUCUAGACCAUUCGACCAGAUCGAAACCUAUUUCUGGGUCUAAAAAAUAA